UUCCACGGACAACAUGAAAUUUUUGACACUUUUUGUAGUGCUGAUUAUCUGUAAAUUUUCUAGUGGAUUUUUCGGUUCUACUCGAUACACAAAUACUCAUCAGGAGCCUGUAUUUCAGGUUUCAAAAACCAGUGGAAAAUUUGCAACUCCAACUGAAGAAUGGAUUGAACAAAGACUUGACAAUUUUAAUCCUCAAGAUACUCGGAAAUGGCAAAUGAGAUAUUAUCAGGAUUUGUCACUUUUGGAACCAAAUGGACCGAUUUUCAUCUAUCUUGGUGGAGAAUGGACAAUUUCUUCUAGAUCAAUAAUGGAGGGAUAUUUAAUUCAUGAAAUGGCUAAGGAAAAUCAAGGAGCUUUAUUUUAUACUGAACAUCGAUAUUAUGGACAAAGUCAUCCAACUCCAGAUACAAAGACAGAGAACUUGAAAUAUUUGUCAAUUGAUCAAGCGCUUGCUGAUGUUGCUUAUUUUAUUGAAUAUAUUAGGUCAACAGUACUUGGAUUGGAAGAAUCCAAAGUCCUUCUUGUUGGCGCAAGCUAUAGCGCAACUAUGGCUGCAUGGAUGAGAAUGAAGUAUCCACAUCUCGUUGCUGGGUCGUUUGCAUCAUCAGGUCCAGUAUUUGCUAAGGUCGAUUUCUACGAAUACAAAGAAGUCAUGGCUAAAGCUAUUCAAGACAUUGGUGGAGAUGAAUGCACAGACAUCAUAAAUAACGCCUUUGAUGAUAUGGAAGAGCUUGUUGACCAGAAAAAUACAACACGCAUUUCAGAAGCUUUUGCUUUAUGUCAGGAACUUGAACUUCCGAUUGAUAUUCCUCACUUCUUCUAUGAAGUUAGUGAUAUUGUUGCUGGACUUGUGCAAACCCAUCGAAAUGAGAACAUUCAGAAUGCAUGCACACAAAUGAAAAAUGCAAGAAAUUCAACUGAUGAUAUUGGAGCCUUUGCAUCAUGGGUUCGUGGAGAUAGUGCUUUGGUAUCAAAAGGAAUUAAGCAACUAGUUGGCAAUCGAAACGCUGAGUGCUUAGAUUUCAGCUACACAAAAAGCAUGGAAACAUUUUCGAACUACACUUGGGGAUCAUUAGGCAAUCAACAAAUGAGACAAUGGAUAUACCAAACUUGUGCAGAGUUCGCAUGGUUCCAGACAUCAACAUCUACAGAUCAAAUAUUCGGUUCCACUUAUGGCGUUGAUUAUUUUUAUAGAAUCUGCAAUGAUUUGUAUGACAAUAAGUUUAGUAGGAAGGUAAUUGAAUUUAAUGUUGCUCGAACUAAUGCUGUUUAUGGUGGUUUUGGACCUGAACUUACGAAUGUGGUGUUUACGAAUGGAGCUAUUGAUCCUUGGCACCCAAUGUCAGUUCUAGAAGACCUCAACGAGUCAGCAACCUCACUUAAGAUCCCACUAUCAGCUCAUGUUAGUGAUUUAGGAGCAACUUCUGAUAAUGAUAGCAAAGAAAUGAGAGCAACAAAGGAGAAAGUCAAGAAUCUUGUCUUAAAAUGGAUUGGAGUUGACAAUAUGGAAUAAAUGCUUAAUUAUCAGCUAAACAGAACAAUUUAAAGUUUAAAGGAUUUAUGAUUUAGAAAUUGCAAUUUUAAUAACGACAAUAAAGUUACCUUGGAGCUGCCUGAAAG